UACAGGGUGCGAAGGGCGGCCGGGCAGAUUCCCCUUCUCCGAGUCCUUGAGCAAACACCCAGGCCUGUGCCAUAGACGGGUUUGGCCCGCGGCCCUCCAAGCCUUCCCAGCUUUUUCAGUCCUUUCUGAACAAUUGCUAGCGAGGGCCCCACGGCUGCCAGUUGGGGUGCUGAGCUCGGCAGCAGGGCAGACGUGCGUGAGGGUUCCUGGGUGGGGCACAGCAGGCACGCGAGGGGGGCUGCAAAGUGCAGGCACGCGCGGCGUCCCAGGACAGGGCCAGAGCGGUGCGAUUUCCAGACGUGGUCUCCAGGCCGCCUCUGGAGGCCGGAGCAAAGUUUCCAGCGGGCCCGGCCCGGAGGGGAAGGGCGGUGGGCUGGGGCGCCCCCUCCCCUUUAAGCGGGUGGCGCGGCACCUCCUCCGUUACCUGGCGGGGAGGGGCUUGGGAAAGUUUGUGUUUGUUGUUGGCGAAGCGCCGGAUGGGAGGCGCGGGCGGGCGGGCGGGCGCUGCGCGUCUUCCCUUUUGCUUUCGGGAAGCGGUCGGGGCCGCACGUUGGGAUCGGCGGGGCCGGCUCCGGGGCCAGCCGGCUGGCGGAGGAGGGCGGGGAGGAGCGGGCGGGCGCGAGCGGAGCCCGGGGCGCACGUACGCCCCGGCGCUGGGAUUUCUCUGCUCGCGAGGAGCGCGGAGCAGGCGCGCGGCCCAGUGGAGGAGCGCGGACUCUGGAGCAGCCGGAGCUGGAGGAGGAGGAGGAGGAGAGGCGGCGGGGAAGGAGGAGGAGGAGGGGGGCAGCCGCUCCCGCCGGCGAGCAUGGGGCGCCUGGCGCCGAGGCCGCUGCUCCUGGCGCUCCUGUGGCUUGCUCUUUGUCGGGGACGUGUGGUAAGAGUCCCUGCAGGAACUCUUGUCCGAGUGGUAGGUACCGAGCUGGUCAUCCCCUGCAAUGUCAGCGACUACGAUGGCCCCAGUGAACAAAACUUCGACUGGAGCUUCUCAUCUUCAGGGAGCAGCUUCGUGGAGCUUGCAAGUACCUGGGAGGCGAGCUUCCCAACUCAGCUGUACCAGGAGCGGCUACAGAGAGGCGAGAUCCUGUUAAGGCGAACUGCCAACGAUGCUGUGGAGUUGCACAUAAAGAAUGUGCAACCCUCAGACCAGGGCCAUUAUAAGUGUUCAACCCCCAGCACAGAUGCCACUGUCCAGGGCAACUAUGAAGAUACGGUGCAGGUUAAAGUGCUGGCCGAUGCCCUGCACGUGGGCCCCAGCGCCCGGCCGCCCCCCAGCCUGACCCUGCGCGAGGGAGAGCCCUUCGAGGUGCGCUGCGCUGCCUCCAGCAACUCGCCGCUGCACACACACCUGGCGCUCCUGUGGGAGCUGCACCGCGGGCCCUCUCGCAGGGCCGUCAUCACCCUUAACCACGAGGGCAGGUUCCGCCCAGGCCCCGGCUACGAGCAGCGCUACCACAGCGGAGACGUGCGCCUGGACACGGCGGGCAGCGAUGCCUACCGCCUCUCUGUGGCCCACGCACUGUCCGCCGACCAGGGCUCCUACCGGUGUGUGGUCAGUGAGUGGAUCGCAGAGCAGGGUUACUGGCAAGAGAUUCAAGAAAAGGCCGUGGAAGUUGCUACGGUGGUGAUCCAGCCCACAGUUCUGCGAAUAGCUGUGACUACAAACGUGUCUGUGGCUGAAGGAAAGGAGCUCGACCUGUCCUGCAACAUCACCACAGACCGUGUGGAUGACAUCCGGCCCGAGCUGACGUGGUACUUCAGCAGGAUGCCUGACAGCACCUUGCCUGCCCGCCAUGUAUUGGCACGACUGGACCGUGACUCCCUGGUACACAGCUCACCUCACAUUGCUCUGAGUCAUGUGGAUGCACGCUCGUACCACUUACUGGUUCGAGAUGUUAGCAAGGAAAAUGCUGGCUACUAUUUCUGCCAUGUGGCACUCUGGACACCAGGAUACAACCGGAGCUGGCACAAAGUGGCUGAGGCCAUGUCUUCCCCAGCCAGUGUGGGUGUGACGUGGCUAGAACCGGACUAUCAGGUGUACCUGAAUGCUUCUAAGACCCCUGGGUUUUCAGACGACCCCACUGAACUGGAAUGCCGGGUAGUGGACAUGAAGAACACGCAGGCAAGUGUCCGUUUUACCGUGUCGUGGUACUACAGAGUGAACCGGCGCAAUGACGGUGUGGUGAUCAGUGAGCUUCUCGCAGUCAUGGACGGGGACUGGACACUGAGAUACGGAGAGAGGAGCAAGCAACGGGCCCAAGAUGGAGAGUUUAUUUUUUCUAAGGAGCGCACAGACACAUUCAAUUUUCGGAUCCAAAGGACUACAGAGGAGGACAGAGGCAAUUACUACUGUGUGGUAUCUGCAUGGACCAAACAGCGGAACAAUAGCUGGGUGAAAAGCAAAGAUGUUGUCUCCAAACCUGUCAGUAUAUUUUGGGCAUCAGAAGAUUCCAUGCUUGUGGUGAAGGCAAGGCAGCCGAAGCCUGUCUUUGCUGCAGGGAAUACAUUUGAGAUGACUUGCAAAAUAUCUUCCAAGAAUAUUAAGUCACCACGCUACUCUGUUCUCAUCAUGGCUGAGAAACCUGUUGGGGACUUCUCCAGUCCCAAUGAAACGAAGUCCAUCAUCUCCCUGGACCAGGAUGCUAUCGUGAAGCUGGAGAAUUGGACAGAUGCUUCACGGGUAGAUGGUGUUGUGUUAGAGAAAGUCCAGGAAGAUGAAUUUCGCUAUCGAAUGUACCAAACUCAGGUGUCAGAUGCAGGGCUGUACCGUUGCAUGGUAACAGCUUGGUCACCUGUCAGGGGCAACCUGUGGCGGGAAGCAGCAACCAGUCUCUCCAAUCCUAUUGAGAUCGAUUUCCAGACCUCGGGUCCCAUAUUUAACGCCUCUGUGCAUUCAGACACACCAUCGGUCACCCGGGGAGAUCUAAUCAAAUUGGUCUGCAAUAUCACUGUCGAAGGAGCACUGGAUCCAGAUAAUAUGGCCUUUGAUGUGAGUUGGUUUGCGGUGCACUCCUUUGGUUUGGAUAAGGAUCCUGUCCUCCUGUCCUCCUUGGAUCGGAAGGGGAUUGUGACCACUAGCCGGAGGGACUGGAAGAGUGACCUUAGCCUGGAACGUGUGAGUGGGCUGGAGUUUCUGUUGCAAGUACAUGGCUCCGAGGAACAGGACUUUGGAAACUACUAUUGUGCCGUGACUCCGUGGGUGAAGUCCCCAACAGGCUCCUGGCAGAAGGAGACAGAGAUCCUCUCCAAGCCCAUCUUUAUAACUGUGAAGAUGGAUGUGCUGAAUGCCUUCAAGUACCCGCUGCUGAUCGGUGUGGGUCUUUCCACGGUCAUCGGGCUCCUGUCCUGCCUCAUUGGAUACUGCAGCUCACACUGGUGCUGUAAGAAGGAGGUGCAGGAGACACGGCGGGAGCGCCGGCGGCUCAUGUCGAUGGAGAUGGACUAGGCGGCGGCCACAGGGAGGGACAGAGGAUGUUCUGGGACGGUGGGGGUGAGAAGAGGACAGUGAUACUUUAAAAGGAAGUGUGUUACACUAAACCAGUCCUCUCUAAUCUCAGGUGGGACUUGGCGCUCACUCUUUUCUGCAUGUCAAGUUCUGAGCGCGGACAUGUUUACCAGCACACAGCUCUUCUACCCACAGCACUUUGAUGUAUAACAAUUGAGUGUGUGUUUUCCCAGCUGCAGCUUUUUAACGCUUAACCUUCGUCUGAUUUUUUCCCCUACUGGCUUAUAGAUCCUCUGACUUGAGUGUGUUGAUCACUUUUGUUGCGCGGGCUUGUGGUGAGGAAGGGGUAAUGGCGUUCAGAGUUCUUUAUCCUGGGUGAGAUUGUGCCGGCCCAUGGUAGGGGCUCACCUGGGGAGAGCUGCUGUGACUCUCCCCCAGGUGAGAGGUGACACAGACUGUGCCAAAGGCUGGUUUGUGAUCUUAACUACCCUACUCCAUCCCCUAUUUCCAGGCGUUUAGACUACAUUUGAAAUCUAAACUUGGAGUAUGUAACUUCUCAUUGAGCCCAGAUGCAUUUUUUUCUUCUCUGCCCCUCUUCCAUUUCUUUUGCAUCGUUUUCUGUAAGCGUGCUGAUAGGGCAGCCCUGGAAUCUGGAAUCUGGCUUUCCACCAAGCACCUUAUCUUGCCACCUUCGCCUUAAGAGUGAAUAUGAAGACUAUAAAUACACGGCCACCUCUGUCCAGGGCAGUUAGAAGUUCUAUGAAGAAGAGGAAGUAGGGGACCAGAAGGGAACAGACAUUCUCUCAAAGGAUCUGCAACUGCGGAGCCUCAGGGCCCCCAAUGAGAGAGGGGAGGUUAGGGUUAUGCAGCCCGAGCCAGGAGGUCAGUGGAUUCCGGGCGAUGCUAGGCUGAAGAAGCCCCUCCAUCCCCUCUUCUGCCCUUCAUGAGGCAAAGGUGUUGGCCACUAAGGAACUUGCAGGGGACCCUCAGAAACGCCAUGUCCUUCACACGUCACUUGACUUCCUUCACGUGAAGGCAAAUUGCUGCUUGCAAGAUUGACUGACUUCAAGGGCUCUGAAAUUGCCUGGAGGAGUCGUGUAUUUUCUGUGACCUUUUCAGUCCUUCAAGUCUUUUUAAGAUCCUCUGCAGGGGGCUAGUGAGAGAGGGUAUAUUUGUGGUGUGUUUGCUUUCCUGUUAGGAAACCCAGCAAUUUACUGUCACGUGAAAGGCUUGUAAAGUAGGGUUGCGAGCAGUCCCUUUGCCUGACUGCUCCCAUCAGGAGGAGACAGAAGAGAUUUUCUAGGUCCCCAGUUUCUUCCGCACUAGCAGCGUGCCCCUCUAUGCCCCAGCUCCCUGAAGUGUCUCACGUCCCACACUGCACUGGCCUUGCAGAAACAUCCCAGUAGGGUUUCCUGAGGCUCCCCGUAACUCCUGCCCUAAUUGCAAUCCCUCUGUGCUUUUAUCCUGGCUCUAAAGGAUCUAAUACUGCUCUGUCUUCCAAAGGAGAAAAAGAUUCGUUUGUUUUGAGCAAUAAAGUAAUACAAAAUGAUAGCCAUUCAUGUGCGGCUCUUUGUCACUGUGGGCUGAUGAGCCAAGCUCCUCCCUGUUCUCCAUCUCCUUUCCUUCCCCUCUCUCUGCUGCCUAUGACUGGGUCUCUGCUUAUCACUGAGUCAAUCCCAGAGGCAGACUUCUAACUAGUUUUCCCAUUUUUUUUCUUUUUUUGCCCACAAUGGGGACCAUUGCUGUAAUAGAAAUACUAGAUUCUGUGCUGAUGGUCGCAGUAUAGUUGGGUUCCAGAACUCAAGUGUGGUGGGAAAACAGGCAGCAGGUAUGCCCAACCCCAGUGAGAGACUGGAGGAAACAGACUUCGGUGGCAGUAGACUUGGGUAUUUUCUAUGUGUUAUUGGCUAUGUGUGCUAUUUCAGAGAGGGUGGGACACAGAUGAUUGUUCAAACAGGAGUUAGAGCAGCAGGUGUUGUAUUAGCAGCAGCCGGUGCCCUAGAACUCUUACAGUUACCAAAUGAAGAUCGGAAAUUGUUAUACCCCAGGUCCUUUUUAGUAAGAGGAAGAAGUACUUAGCUUUGGACAGGAUCGGGUGCAUCACACGAGACACAUGGUGGUGGUCAAAGGGCCAUGUGGUCACAUGUUGUACCUUUUCCUUUCAAAUGGAUGGUGCAGUUCAAGGCUGAAUUGUUAUAGCACUGACUCCCACAUAUCCCUGCUCCAUCCUCAAGUCAUCUGGGGGCAGGGAGAGGGGGUGUAAAUCCCAGGACAUCGCACCAAGGACUUAGUUCCUUCCAGGGACAUAAACUUGCUUGGGAUGUGUGUCUGUUUUAAAUGUGAGGUGCGCUCUUGUACCAAAUAGGGCUUCCCACAAAGUGCUCUUCUGGGAGAGGCUGCUGCCAGCAGCACGGGCGUGUGUGAAGGAGUGACUGAGCCUGGUCUCACAUGGAUGAAAUUGCACUUCUUGACAAAAAGAAACUAUGGAAGGUUGGGUUUUUUCCUAAUCAAAAGGUGUAUCCAGAAAGAGCCGAAGCUAUAUUCAGAUAGAAGCCUCAAAAUUACUUUAGAUUGUUUACUUUAUGAUGUUUACAUACAUGUUUCACUUUUUAAAAAUAAAAGAAAGAUGCAAACUCUGGCUUUUUAAGAACUUUUCAGAUUUUUCAUGGGACAAUGGAACUCUGACUCACCAGCUGAACUAAUUCUUCAUUUAGAGGUGUAUUUAUGUGUGUGUUUCCCUCCUUCCAGCUGUGCGGCUCCCUCCUGCCCAGAUCUGUGUUUCUUUCCCUGGUGGCUCUUGCCUCUCGCUUUGCAGACUCCCUGUAGCCAUGAUUUUGUCACUGACAUCUGUGAGCCAAAGACUGAGCCUUUCUGGCAGGAACAAUAAGCAAUACUACACAACUUGCCACAUUCAGAAAAUUUUUUUUCGCUUCCCUGAUGACAGCAGAGGAAAAAGGGAACUGGGAUUUGGGUAAGUUCUCCUCCGCUGUUGGACCACAUUCUCAGUGAUAGAUACAUGUGCAGAUCACUAGGAGAACAGGUUGGCUUUCUUUCUUUUUAGUGUGGCACAUAAGGAUCUGCAAGAUUUUCAGUAGACAAAGAAAAGGUCCUAUGUAUUUUUGUCCAUAUCCAAUGUUAUAUGAACUAAUUGUAUUGUUUUAUACUGUGACCACAAAUAUUAUGCAAUGCACCAUUUGUUUUUUAUUUCAUUAAAGGAUGUUUAAUUUAAA